UUUCCCCCUUUUUGAGGCCCCCCUCUCAUUUCUAUCUCUCAUCUUUCCCUCAAAAUUUCUCCGAGGGUCUUCUUCUCUGAAGUCGAAAACCUCUCGAACCCUAAAAUUACCUAGAAACCUCCCCAUAAUUUAUCUCCCAUUUCUUCAAUUUCCCCCAAAUUGAUUUCAAUUCCUGGGUUAAUUAAGAAUGCAGAACCAAAGAAUGAAGCAACAGCAGCAAGCUUUGAUGCAGCAAGCUCUUAUUCAGCAGCAGUCUCUUUACCACCCUGGUCUUCUUGCUGCUCCUCAGAUUGAGCCAUAUCCCAGUGGAAACCUUCCUCCUGGUUUUGAUCCCUCUACAUGCCGCAGUGUGUAUGUGGGUAAUAUUCAUCCUCAAGUCACUGAACCAUUAAUCCAAGAGGUUUUUGCUAGUGCUGGCCCUGUCGAAGGUUGCAAGCUUAUUAGGAAGGAAAAGUCGUCCUAUGGUUUCAUUCACUACUAUGAUCGCAGAUUUGCGAGCAUGGCUAUAUUGACACUUAAUGGAAGACAUUUGUUUGGGCAGCCUAUAAAGGUUAAUUGGGCGUAUACUAGUGGUCAACGAGAAGACACUUCAAACCACUUUAAUGUGUUCGUUGGUGAUCUGAGUCCCGAGGUUACUGAUGCGAUGCUGUAUGCUUGUUUUUCCACUUACCAUAGUUGUUCAGAUGCAAGAGUAAUGUGGGAUCAGAAAACUGCGCGUUCCAGGGGGUUUGGAUUUGUUUCAUUUCGCAACCAACAGGAUGCCCAAAGUGCUAUAAAUGAUCUUACUGGAAAAUGGCUUGGUAGUAGGCAGAUACGCUGCAAUUGGGCCACUAAAGGUGCUACUUCCAACGAUGAUAAGCAGAGUUCUGAUUCAAAAAGUGUGGUGGAAUUGACAAAUGGGUCAUCAGAAGAUGGAAAGGAGGCCACAAACAGCGAAGCCCCUGAAAAUAAUCCUCAAUUUACAACUGUAUAUGUUGGGAAUCUUGCCCCUGAGACUACUCAGCUUGACCUCCAUCGCCAUUUCCAUAAUUUGGGUGCUGGAGCUAUUGAAGAAGUAAGGGUGCAACGUGACAAAGGCUUUGGCUUUGUUAGGUACAGCACUCAUGCUGAAGCUGCAAUUGCCAUUCAGUUUGGAAAUACACAAAGUAUGCUUUUGGGCAAACUAAUCAAGUGCUCCUGGGGAAGCAAGCCAACACCAGCAGGGACAGCAUCAAAUCCACUUCCUCCACCUGCUCCUGCACCUUUAGGCCUUUCGGCUACAGAUCUUCUAUCCUAUGAGAGGCAACUAGCAAUGAGUAAGAUGGGUGGGAUGGGUGGUAUGCAUGCUCUUAUGCAUGCACAGGGCCCACAUCCACUCAACAAGGGUAAUAUGGGAAUGACAGCUGCUGGAGCUAGCCAAGCUAUUUAUGAUGGCGGGUUUCAAAACGUUGCAGCUGCCCAGCAAAUGAUGUACUACCAUUAAAAUCUUGAUGCACAGCCCUUUUGGAUUCCUUCUGCAUCCGCCGAUUUGCAUUCGUGUGUCUAAAAUUGUUUUAUUAGCUCUAUCUAUGUUUCUCCUCUUGAUUGGGAGUGGGAUUGAGGCUUAUUUCCCUCCUUGUACUUGAUUGUCCUGUGUGUUGAUGCAUGAUGUAACCCUUUUUCUUUUUUUUUUUUUUUAAUCUUUCCCCUCGGCUUUUAAAGUUUCAGUUUCUUUCUUUUCUCUUCCUAUCUUGUAGGAACUGAUGGUUGAUCUAGAGGAAGUAUGUCCAUUAUGGACACUAUAUAUAUAUACAUAUAUCUUCCUUUUUUUU